AUAACCAAGUUGGCGCAAAUAAAACCCCCAAAUUGGGACUAUUUUUGUAAAUUCCUGCGUUUUCAGUGGAGAUCGAAUCAUCGAAACAAACAUCUUCAUCUCAGAGGAAUCACUCGAUUUCUAUAGCCCGAUCUCGUUUCGAUUCAUCAAAAUUUUCUUCGAUUUCAGUCAACGACGAUGAGUUUUCUCUUCGGCAAGAAGAAAACCCCUGCGGAGCUGUUGAGGGAGAAUAAGCGGAUGCUUGAUCGAUCGAUUAGGGAGAUAGAGAGGGAGAGGCAGGGAUUGCAGAAUCAAGAGAAGAAGCUCAUUACUGAGAUCAAGAAGACUGCCAAGCAAGGGCAGAUGGGUGCUGUCAAAGUCAUGGCAAAAGAUCUUAUUCGAACAAGGCAUCAAAUCACCAAGUUCUAUGCUCUCAAAUCUCAGCUCCAAGGUGUUUCUCUUAGAAUACAGACACUGAAAUCUACACAAGCAAUGGGUGAGGCCAUGAAAGGUGUUACAAAAGCAAUGGGACAGAUGAACAGGCAAAUGAACCUCCCUGCUUUGCAGAAGAUAAUGCAAGAAUUUGAGCGACAAAAUGAGAAGAUGGAAAUGGUAACCGAGGUUAUGGGAGAUGCCAUUGAUGACGCCUUGGAAGGAGAUGAAGAGGAAGAAGAAACAGAAGAACUAGUGAGCCAAGUCCUAGAUGAGAUUGGCAUCGACAUCAACUCAGAGCUUGUGAAGGCUCCUUCAUCUGCGGUGGCUGCACCUGCUGCAGCUGGCAAAGUUGCUCAAGCUGAAACAAGUGGAACUGAUGGAGGCGGGAUUGAUGAUGAUUUACAGGCGAGAUUAGAUAACUUGAGAAAAAUGUAAUUGAUUUUCAUUGCAAAGGUUGAGACAGUUGCCUGGGGAGCUAUGUAUUAUAAAUACCCAACUCUUGCUAUUCUCGCUGAUUUAGUAAGACUAGGUUUUAUGCACGUGUAAUGCAUGUGGUUAUAUAUUAUGGUUAAGUAUUUUUUAUUUA